AUGAUAUUCUGCAUCAGUGGUCAGUACACCGGAAGUAUAUCGAUUUCAAUUCCGGAAGAGUUCGAAGAAGAACAAUUCGAAAAUGUGCCAGAUUUGGUGACAUUUUAUCAGUCACAUAACAAACCAAUCACUCGGAAUAGUGGUUGCAUUAUAAAGAAUCCCGUACCUAACACGACACUUUUUGCGACCCACAAUUUUGAGUUAAAAGCUGAACUUGAUCAGAAUUAUAUGAAAAUCAUCCGACCAAAAAUGAUUAAAUUUGGUCAAGAACGAUCAUUAACCCAAGAGGUUCUUUUAAAUGAAACAAGAAAACAGUUGCAGUUAAAAGCACUUCAACCAUCGUCACCUACUUCAUUGAUAUCAUCUAACGGAAAAUCACAUCUCCCAUUAUCAGAUUUACUCAGUCGACCCUUGCCAAAACCAAUUCAUUCACCUGUUCAAGAAGAAGAAGAUGAUGAGUACUCCAAAAUAGACUAUGAUACUAUGGAGGAGACAACAGUUUCAACGAUGGGAAAAGAUGAUGUUGUAAGUCCGUCAACGUCGAAGUUAUCUCAUCUGCACAAUCACAAAUUAUCAUUAACUUCGUUAAAUUCAAUGCGUAACGAACUGAUAGCUUCAAGUAGCACAUUAUCGUCACCAACAACUGCGUCUUGUUUUAAUGUCAACAAAUUGCAUUGGCGUAUGCCACGGAGUGAUUCAUUACCAGUACUUCCAAAACGAAAAGUAUCAUUACCAAUUCGAGAUAGUGGUUGUAUUGUGGAUAAUCCUGAUUAUGAUCAACCAAAGGCAUACACUACUAUAUCCACAAAUACUGCUAUCGAUUUACAAAACUAUCGAUCACCGUUUAUUGAAUCCAAUAAUACACUGCAAACAGAAGAGCUAUUAACAAAAUUCAAGCAGCUGCUAUUAGCAAAGAAACCGGAAAGUUGCGCUCAGCUAAUAACGGUUGAAGAUUAUCGGUUAUUGAAGUUUAGAAGAAAUUUACAGAUACCGUUCAAGAAUGCAACAAAAUUCGAACGAUUAAAUGGCUUAUCACUUAUUUUAUUACCAGAUGGAGAGAAUGUACGAAAUGAUCUCUUAGAAAGAAAUCGUUCGUUACAUUAUUUGUGCAUUCUGUCCAUAUUACAUCAGGCCAAAGGUCAUCAACGUUGUGCUAUGUAUGAUACUUGGGUACAAAUUGCUCGUGCAUUAUUUUAUCAAUAUGGUAAUGCAUUUUCAUUUCUAACACUUCUCGAUGCAUUAUGUUCAGAUCACGUGAAAUCCGUCCUUACCGAAGAAUACUCACGAACAUUGCAGCAAGAGCUUGAAUCAGUGGCAUGCAAAUUGCAUCAGUGUGAACCAUUACCGCAUAAUUAUCCGCAAAUCAAUAUACCAUUUAUGCAACCACUCCUUAACAUUCUCUCAAAUAACCCUUCUUACCUCAAUGAUACGGGCAAUAAUGAUAAUCUAUGGAAAUGGCUUCAAGAAGGUCGACAUUGGAUCAAACAAGCUGUCCAAUUUAAUGCAAAUAGUUCGAUUUUAUGCAAUGAAAAAAUAUCCCAUGGUGACAAUUUUUUAAGCACAGAAUUUAGUCUGAAAUUAUUAUUUGGAACAAAAGAUUUCUCGAUGGAUAUUGAGAAACGUUAUGAUAAAUUGGCUGCAAUGGUUUAUGCUUUCAAAGAACGUUGUAAUUGA